AUUGGGACCACUAUUAAAAUGCAGGCUCCUCACCCUCCCAGGCUCCAACUUGAGCUUGGUUUCACAAUCUCCCCACCACCUGGUAAUGACCAGAUUCCCAUCGAUGAGUGGGAACAGGUGGAGAAAUUGGCUCGUCCCACACGGUCCAUCAUUGAUCUCCAUGCUGGGAUGAGAUCAGUCUCCAGGUAGUCUUGGACAUUCCUCAUGUGUUGGGUUUUGGAGGGAGGGGCAAAAUCAUCAACAGGAGUAGAGAGGUGUGUUAAUUUCCUAUUGGUGCUAUAACAAAUUACCACAAGCUUAAUGGCUUAAAAUAAUACACAUUUAUUAUCUUAUUCUGGAGAUCAGAAGUCUAAAAUGGGUCUCACUGACUAAAAUCAAGGUGUUGGCAGGACUGCAUUCCUUUCUGGAGGCUCUAGGGAGAAUCCAUUUUCUUGCCUUUUCCAGCUUCUAGAGGUUGCCUGCAUUUCUUAGCUCACGAUCCCCCUCCAGAUUUUCAAAGCCCAGAAUGGCUGGCCAACUCUCAUAUUACAUCACUCCAACUCUUCUGCCUCCCUCUUCCAUGUUUAAAAACGCUUGUGAUUAUACUGGAUCCACACGGAUAAUCAAUGAUGAUCUCAUUUUAAGGUCAGCUAAUUAACAACCUUAAUCCCCCUUUGCCAUGUAACAUAUUCACAGGUUCUCAGGGAUUAGGCCAUGGACACCCUGGGGGUGGGAGGGUGAGGGUAAGUGUAGGAGACCUUCCCAGAGGGUAGCUGGGCAUUGACAAAUGCUGAGAACCUAGGAGAACCUAUGGGGAUUACUCGUAAUGCCACGUGAGUCAAAAGAAGGGGGAAGGAAAGUAUGACAGCCUGGCAGCCCAGCAGCUGGGAGAGGGCAUCAGUUUUAAUCUUCCAGCAACAACCAGUCACCCCUCUAGGAGAGAGGUGGAGCGUUAUAACCAGCAGUAAGACGGGACUAGAGCUCAAACAGGGCUCACCCCAUCUGGAUGAAACAAUCUUUCUGGCUUCCCCCAACUAGCUUCUGGGCUUUACAAUCAGUUGCACUGGGUUCAAAUCCCACUGUGCUACUUACAGUGUGACACUGGGAAUAUGGCCUAACUUCUCUGAGUCUCUGGUUCCUUAUCUAUUAAAUGAGAAUGAUAUCAUCAUGUUCUUCACACAGUUAUUAAGAACUUGAAGUUCUCAUGUAACAUUCUAGAGGGGGAAGAUUGUGAGAUAGCCAGAAAGAAGCCCCAGCAUAGAUUGGUGGUAAGGUUAAUAUCUUGAGAGAGACAUGGGGUUAAAUAUUCCCUUACCACAACGGACUGUGUGAGUCUGAGCCAGUUGUGCGGGCAUCACCGAGCACAAGCCUCAGCAUUUAGUUUAUCACUGGUACGACCAGUAGGCUCACCCAAUGUAGACACUGGCUGGCUGGCUCCUGGCCAGCCGAUGUUUCCUUUGCCUAGAAACCAGGAGGCGUGGCUGAAGCAGGGCACGGAGGGGAGAGAAGCUCAACUAAAAAGUGGUGGAAAGGAGUCCAGCUCUGGACCUCUCUGGUUCCCCCAAAUGCUGAGGACCAACUCCUCACAGCUGAAGGAAACAAGUUUGGCCCAGGACCAGGACCCAGUAAAAAUGCGCGCUGCCUGAGCUUCCCACCAGGAUGUACUCAUACAGCUGCCUGGCGCCUGGGGAAGGCGUUUGGCCUCCACCGCAGCCCCUCACCUACACCUACCUGUCCGGCCCCCUGCUACUGCCCCCCAUCCAGGCCCACAACUUCUGCAGCCGGCCCCCAGCCCUGGGUGCGGGCGACUGGAUGGCCCCGCGGCAAUACCACUGCUUCCACGGCCUGGGCGCGUCCCCGGGGGCCAUGCUGCCCUGGUGGGCCUUCCCGCCGGCCUACGCCGCGGCCCUGCGCCCGCCGUUCCCCGCGUCCGGCUACCCGGGGCCGUCGCUGCAGUCGCCCGCGGCAGCAGGGACUGCGGUGGCCGAAGGCUGGGCGCCGUGGCCAGAGGGCAGCAGCCUAGGGUUGGAGCUGCGCUGGGGCCGCGUAGAGCGCACCCUCGGCCCGCGCCGGGAGCUGCCGGACUUCGUGCACCGGGAGCUGCGGCGCGUGUACGGCACGUACCCGCGCACUGACGUGCGCGUCACCUUCCGCGGAGGGGAGUUCCUGCUGCAGGCCACGCCGCGCGUCGGUGAGCCCGAGUACCGUGUGCAGAGGCGACUGCUGCGCGCGUCCCCCAGCAGCAGCAGCAGCGGCGGCGACAGCAGCCCAGCAGGGGCAGCGGCGGAGCACGGCGGCCGGAAAAAGAGGAAAAGCCUGGGCUGAGGGCGCCGCAGGGCCUGGCCACCGGCUGGGGGAGCACACGCGCAGAUGUCCUCCCAGGCGAGGAGGGAGACAGCUGUGCGUCGUAGUUGGGUACACCUGUCACCUGUCUUUUUGCUUUUUUACCAAGAUACUGCAGCCCGUCUCGUGCACUUCCUUGAUUUCUCUUAAGUUAUUGCUGGAGGUGGGGGAAGGGCGAGAAGGGCUGGAGGACAUCUCUGGGUGCGUGUCCUGUUACUCUUUCCUUCUGCUUGGGCUUGGGAAGCCUGGGUGUGGGUGGAAGAAGGGCCUGAACCCUUUCUCGCAUCCCUCCCUUCUCCCUAUCGUCCCCUUAGAAACCUGCCCUGCAAUAAGCCCGGACUUUUCCUUUUUCUUUCCUCCCUCAAGCAAAGCUUCCCAAACUCCCCAAGCCAAGGGCCCACCUGUCCCCAGCUUGUAAUAAAAAGAAAAUAAAUGAGUGAAGUCAAGUGUAUGGUGUGAGAUCGUUUUUUAUGUUUGGAGGUGGGGGUGUUUCCUCAUCUGUGGAAUGUGAGCCUUACUCCUCUGCCCGGGGCACAAGAAGUUGGGGGGAUUGGAGUGGACCUCUGGAGAAAGUGUGCCUCUUCUUCACCAUUUUCCUCGAGUGUGCAGGAUGACACCCGUCCUGCAGCCACAGGAUUCUGAAGGUAUAAGUUCUUUAGUUGAAAUGUGGGUGGCAGGCAUGGCUGGGGAAGGGAUACUUAACACAUAGAUUUAGAGCUGGUGUUGACAUUUUCUAUCAUGUAACUAGACUCUCAGAGCUUUAGUUUCUUCAUCUGUAAAAGAAGUAUAAAAACAACCCAGCCUACCUGGAAAAUUCACUAGUGUUGAAAUUUAAGAUGAAUGUCACUUCUCGUCUCCUGAUACUUGCUACUUAGUCUUUAAUAGAUUGAAUUUGCAAUAUGGUGGGAGUUUGCUGGAGAUCCAUCCAAUUUUAACUAUAGGUCUAGCCAGACCACCAGAUCUGAUACCCAGGCUGUAUAAAUUUGGCUUCUUGUGGAGUUGCUAUUACUGAACUUCCAUUUGUAGCUGGCCAACUGCUACCUGGGUAUCCAGGUACAUUAUUGAAGCUGUGGACCACUUGAUUGAACACUGCUGUGUUUAUGAGCUUCAUGGAGAAGUUCUCUCAAACCUCAGCACUUUGGACAGGUUUUCUCCUGGUGAUUGUUUUGCUUUAUCUUUGAAGCACUAAGGAUCUCAUAACUGAUCAUAUGUUUCUCUUUGCCCUGAUUUAGGGAGCCUAGAGCCAUAUUUGCUUAGCAUCUUUUGUGUAAAGCCUGGAUCCUAAGCUGUUACCCUAGUUUCAUCUUAUUUUCCUUUCCUUUUUAUUUUUAUUUUUUAAUUAUAAAAACACAGGGAGUUAGUAUAGUGUGAUGGGUCUGCUGUGUGACCUGAGGUAAAUUAAUGUGCCUGAACCAAUUGCAAAUGGGGGUGGUGGUAUUAGGAUCCAUCUCAUAAGGCUUUUUGCGAAAAUGCCGUGUAGUCCUGCACUUAAAAUGUUUACCACAGUGCCUUGCAUUUACUAAGUGCUCAAAUAUUAGUGAUUAAUAAAAAGAAGUUUGGGGCUGGCCCAGUGGCUCAGACGGUUGGAAUUCCGUGCUCCUAACUCCGAAGGCUGCCGGUUCCAUUCCCACGUGGGCCAGUGGG